CCCCAUAUACACAAACAAAUACUCUGCACUUACCCAAUGUGUAGGCAGACACAAAUAGACACUGCACAGACAAUCACACUCCCCAAACAUACUCUAUAUCCCAGGUCCAGGUACCCCCGCCCCCAGAGGGGCAAGCCGCACCUAGACCCAGGAGGUGUAACCCUUCUCUCUGGGGUGGAGGCAAGCGGACCGCCUCCUUAUCUGCAGUAGCAGGGAGGCCCCGCAUCCCAGACCCCAGUCUGACAGCCAGCACCUCCUCCCAGCCCCCCCAGCCCUGACGGCUAACAGAACCGGGGUGAGUUGUCCCUUAAGAAGGUCAUACACCCACAAUAGAUCAUGUGCCUCAUCACAUGAGCCAAGGUGUGAAGAAAGGUGCGGGUCAUUAUCAGCAGAGGUUUUGGUUGAAAUCCUUGUGAGACCUUCCCUCACCCCAUCAUAUGACCUAUUGAGGUCAUUUGACACAGGAUGUAAGUGGGAGUUUAGACAUAGGGAAGGAUCUCAAAACUGCAUCGCAGGUGGCAGACAGUUGGUGUCUUUAGCCACCCCCUUUAGCCAUUGGAUGGUCGUUCACAGUGCACAUAGAUGGAGUUUUAGAGGAUGCCAUUGUUCACAUUUUCAACCAAGAAGAGGAUUGGUGUUAAAGAACAGGCCAUCCAAUAUGUCCACUCUGAAUGACCACUGGCUGAUUCUUGAAAUAAACACUUAAUUAAUUAAUUAAUAAGCAAAAGACUACACUUCUCAGAAGUUGGACAACAUCCUUUAUUUUUCUAUUUUUGGCAAAAUUUCAUUUAGCUAGUGUGUCUCUCAUAUUUCAGCUCUUGUGUUGAUUUAAGGGUCAGAGGCUAAACUGUUCCUCAUGUUUUCAUAAUAAAAAAAGGUCAUCUAAGGUUUACAACUUACACAUACCUGUGGGAAGUAAUGGUGUCCAUGUUGUGGGGUUAUUUUGUCCAAUCAGGUUCUUUACUUUCUCCUGACACACCUUCUUUCUUUUAAAUGCAUGAACUCUGUUCUCAGUGAGUCAGUGAUCUCUGUGAAGUCUGAACAUUCCUUUCUGAGGGUGGAGGUAAACUGGCGUGGUAAUGUCAGGUCAGUGAAACACAGCAGGGCGGCUUAACCAUGUGACUUUAGCUUGGUACAGCAGACCACACAUGAUGCCUUUGUAAUGAAGAAGGCUGUGAAACUGACAGUGAUUCAGAACUCAGCUGUUGCAGGUGCUCCAUCAGUAGCCAGGCUGACAGCAUGGGCCCAGUCCACCCCGACCUUCUCCAGUUAAGAGAGUUAAAAAUGUCAUCGGCACCAAAUUGAUGAAUUCCUCUGUGACGUGUCGCUGAUGGUUCCAGCUGAGUGACGCUAUGGCAACCGCAGCAUCUGUGUCUGUGUUCAGGAUUGUGUUGUUGGGGAAAAGUGAGCACAAGAAGACCAAACUUGGUAACAUCAUUACUGGUUGUGAAAGUUUUCAAUACCAAAAACAAUCCCUAAAAAUGCAAUGUGUGGCCUCCUGUGGAGAGUGGAGAGGAAAAUCAUUAAGAGUGGUGAAAACUCCCGACAUGUUCGGUCUGUCUGAGGAGAAAAUAAGACGAGAAGUGAAGAGCUGUGUGAGUCUCUGUCCUCCUGGACCAAACGUUCUGCUGCUGUUAGUGAAACCUUCUGAUUUCACUGAGGAGAACAGGAAAACUCUGAAGUUCAUCUUGAGUUUGUUUGGAGAAGAUUCCUUUAAAGACUUUAUUGCCGUCAUAACCAACAGGGAUGAAAAUAGUGAAUCUGUAAAUGAACUCCUUAGAGAAUGUGGAGGAACACGCUACAACAUGUACGAAGGUAACUGUAGAUCAUUAAUGAAGAAGAUUCAAAAGAUGAGAAAUGAAUCCUGUGAACCUCCCCGGCAAAAACGAGAACCAUCUUUAAACCUGGUUCUGUGUGGGAGGAGAGGAGCAGGGAAGACGUCAGCAGCCAAGGCCAUUUUAGGUCAGACUGAGCUUCAUUCAGUCUCCAACUCAUCAGAGUGUGUUAAACAUCAGGGAGAGGUGUGUGGACGUUGGGUUUCCCUGGUGGAGCUGCCUGCCUUGUAUGGAGAACCUCAGGAGGCAGUGAUGGAGGAAUCACUCAGGUGUAUCUCCCUCUGUGAUCCCGAGGGUGUCCAUGCCUUCAUCCUGGUCCUACCUGCAGGUCACCUCACUGAUGAAGACAAAGAAGAGUUGAAGACCUUCCAGAACACAUUCAGCUCUCGAGUCAAUGACUUCACCAUGAUUCUGUUCACUGUCCUGUCAGAUUUUACUGAUCCAGCUGUUCUUAGCUUUCUAAAAGAAAACAAGGACAUCCAGGAGCUCUGUGAGAACUUUGGGGGACUGUAUUUUGUUCUCAACAUGACGGACAAAGACAAGAUCCCAGAACUGUUGGAGACUGCAGAAAGGAUGAGACUGCGUAAAGAUAAACCAAGCUGCUAUACAAAAGAAACUUUUGGACAUGCCACAAUAGCUCAAAUUAUAACUGAGCGGAAGAUGACUAAAGCACUAAAAGCUGAACUUAAAUCCUAUGAGGAUAAACAGAGCAGAGACCCCCUCAGGAUUGUGCUGAUUGGGAAGACGGGCAGUGGAAAGAGCUCUACAGGAAAUGUCAUUCUGGGCAGAAAGGCCUUUGAAGCCAAAGCAAUCCAGAUGUCACUCACCAAACGUUGUCAGAAAGCAUAUGCUGAAGUGGACGGUCGUCCUGUUGCUGUGGUCGACACUCCUGGACUGUUUGACUCAACUUUGUCUCAUGAUGAAGUUCAUAAGGAGUUGGUGAAAUGCAUCAGCCUCCUGGCUCCAGGACCACAUGUCUUCCUGUUGGUGAUGCAGAUUGGCAGAUUCACACCAGAAGAGAAGGAGACACUCGAACUGAUCAAGAAAUUCUUUGGAAAAGAUUCUGAGAAGUUCACCAUCUUUCUCUUCACAGGAGGAGAUACACUGGAACAUGAAGAGCAGUCCAUUGAAGAGUACAUUGAAAAGGGAUGUGAUGAUUAUUUUAAGAAGCUGAUCUCAGACUGUGGAGGAAGAUACCAUGUGUUCAAUAACUAUGAUAAAGAAAGCCAAACACAAAUCAGUGAGCUGAUAACAAAGAUUGACACCAUGGUGAAAGAAAAUGGAGGCAGCUGCUUCACCAAUGAGAUGCUGCAGGAGGCUGAAGCAGCGAUACAGAAACAACAGGAGACGAUCCUGAAAGAGAACGAAGAAGCGAUGAAGAGAGAAAUGCAGGAGCUUGAAAGAAAACAUGAAGAAGAAAUAAAGACAGAAACUGUAAAUGACACAGAACUGACAGAAAAACAACUUCGUGACAAGAAGGGGAAGAUUAAAAAAGAUGAUCCACAGAGAAAGAAAGAAAAUGAAAUGAGAGAAGAAGAGGAGAGGAAAAAGAAAGAGGAGGAAAAACAUCAACAAAAGAAAUGGGAACAAGAACGGGAAGCUUUAGAGGAACGAAUCAGGUCAUCGACGAACAGGCCAGCAGCUGAUCAGAAACUGAAACAGAUUAGAAAAGAGAUGGAAGAAAAACGUGAAUCCUGGGAGAAGGAAAGAAAAGAGUGGUGGGAAAAACGACAGGAAGAAAAUGAACAGAGACGUCAAGAGGAGGAAAGGAGACAUAAAAAGCUUCAAGAAGAGUAUAAACAGGAGAGGAGAAAAUAUAAAAUGAGGAAAAAACUAUACAGAAAAGAGAAAAAAGAAUUAGAGGUAAAGUACAAGAGAGAGAUGGAAGACAUUAAGAGGAAAUAUGAAGAGGAAGCGAGAAGGAAAGCUGAAGAAUUCAGUGAAUUCAUAAAGAAAUACAGCGGAGCUGUUCCUUUACAACCAGCAGCUGAAGAUUUUCCUAAAACCUGCGCGAUCCUGUAACGACCUCUGUAACUGGAAACACACACACUGACACGAGGAGACUAAAACACUGAUGAUGAUUUAUAAAUAGUUAAGUUGGCUCAUUUUAUUCAUGUAGAUGAGGUUAUCAUUAAUGAUUAGGAAACUGUGACGCUUUUUUUUUAUUUCUUCUGUUUUUCGAACUAUAUUACAAAAUAUGUUUUGUUCCUUUACAUUCAUGAAGCGGAUUUAAACUAAUUAUAUGAAAACUUCUUCUUUUUUUUCUUUCUUUUUUUUCCUUUUUUUUAUACAAACCAUGAAGUCUAACACUUAAUUACAGCCGCAGGCUCGAAGAAUGAAUUCAAUAAAGACACCAUUAAAUCAUUAAUUAAACAUGUCAAUUGAUUAAAAUGUGAAA